CCGCACGCCUGGAGCUGAGAGGGUCUGUGUCAAGAGCGGCGGGGGCUGCAGGAGGCGAGAGAGACGGAUGCCCGGCAGCAUGGGGCACGUGUCAGCCUCAGAAUCCCACGUUCAUUGAAGACUGAGGCACCAACACUGGAUCCAGGCUUGCUGAUUGGAAGAGGCUGGCACUGCCUUCCCCACCAUGGCAGAGGUAGCGGCUGAGGUGGCUGAGCUUCCAACACAGAUGUCACCAGGGGCAGUAGAGAUGGCAAUACCAAUGUUAGGGGAGAUGACAGAGAUGUCAACAGAGGUGACGGAGAUGACCCCUGGAGAGGCCCUGGCCUCAUCCCUUUUCUUUCAGCAUCACCAGUUCAUGUGCUCUGAGUGUGGCAGCCUUUACAACACACUGGAGGAAGUCCUGUCACACCAGGAGCAGCACGUGCCCAAUGUCACCGAGGACGAGGCUCUGGCCACCCAGGAUCCGGGCUUGGAGCCAGAACUCCUGGCAGGGUCUGACGAUGGGCCUUUCCAGUGUGGGGAGUGCAGCCAGCUCAUCCUGUCCCCCAGUGAGCUCCUGGCCCACCAGGACGCCCACCUCCGGGAGUCUGCAAGCCAGAUACAGUACCAGUGUGGGGACUGCCAGGAGCUCUUCCCCUCGCCUGAGCUAUGGGUGGCUCAUCGCAAGGCCCAGCACCUUUCUGCUGCAGCAGCUGAGCCACCCGGGCCACCCCCGCUACCCCCACCGACACCACCACCUCCACCUCCUGCUCCCCCUGAAGUGAAGAUGGAGCCCUAUGAGUGUCCUGAGUGUUCGACCCUCUGUGCCACUCCUGAGGAGUUCUUGGAGCAUCAAGGCACCCACUUUGACUCCCUAGAGAAAGAGGAGCAGAAUGGUCUGGAGGAGGAGGAGGAAGAGGAAGAGGAGGAAGACGAUGAGGAAGAGACAGAGGAGGAAGAGGAGGCGGUGGCGGAGGUUGGCGAUGAUGCCACAGGAGGCAACAGGGCCACAGCUGGUCCAGCCCAGGGCUGUGGGGAUUGUCCCCAGCACCGGACUUCAGCAGAGGCCCGCCGGCGGCACCGACGGACAUCCCGGGGCCCCACAUCGACAGCCCACCCCUUCCACUGCAACCAGUGCCAGCGCAGCUUUAGCUCGGCAAACCGGCUGCUGGCACACGGGCGGGCCCAUGUCGGCGGCACACACGAGUGUACCACGUGCUCCAAGGUGUUCAAGAAGGCGGCCUCCCUGGAGCAGCACCUGCGGCUGCACCGCGGGGAAGCCCGCUACCUGUGCGUGGACUGUGGCCGCGGCUUCGGCACAGAGCUCACAUUGGUGGCUCACCGGCGGGCACACACUGCCAACCCCUUGCACCGCUGCCGUUGCGGCAAGACAUUCAGCAACAUGACCAAGUUUCUCUACCACCGACGCACACAUGCGGGCAAGAGUGGGGCGCCCCCUGUGGCGGCCUCCUCUUCCUCCUCCUCAGCUUCCCCGGCACCCACCAUGCCCGCACCUCCCCCGCCACCCCCUGCACCCCCCGCCCAGCUGCCCUGCCCACAGUGCCCCAAGUCAUUCGCCUCGGCUUCCCGGCUCUCCCGGCACCGGCGCGCCGUCCACGGACCCCCCGAGCGGCGGCACCGCUGCGGCGUCUGCGGCAAGGGCUUCAAGAAGCUGGUCCAUGUGCGCAACCACCUGCGGACGCACACGGGCGAGAGGCCCUUCCAGUGCCACUCGUGUGGCAAGACCUUUGCUUCCCUGGCCAACCUCAGCCGCCACCAGCUGACACAUACGGGCGUACGGCCCUACCAGUGCUUGGACUGCGGCAAGCGCUUCACACAGAGCUCCAACCUGCAGCAGCAUCGGAGGCUGCACCUGCGGCCCGUGGCCUUUGCACGCGCCCCCCGCCUCCCCAUCACUGGCCUGUACAACAAGAGCCCCUAUUACUGCGGGACAUGCGGCCGCUGGUUCCACGCCCUGGCCGGCCUGCGACUGCACCAGCGGGUCCAUGCCCGAGCCAGGGCCGUGACCCUGCCGCCGCCCCGAUCGCCACCUCCAGCCCCCCCGCCCCCCGAGCCUCAGCAGACCAUCAUGUGCACCGAGCUUGGGGAGACCAUCGCCAUCAUCGAGACGUCCCAGCCACUGGCACUUGAGGACACGCUGCAGCUGUGCCAGGCCGCGCUGGGGGCCAGUGAGGCUAGUGGGCUGUUGCAGUUGGACACGGCCUUCGUGUGACGUGGCCAAAGAGCGGCAAUAAGAGAGUUUGGUUGCAGCAGCAAUUGUGGGCCCCUCUGGGGAGAAAGGGGACCACCCCCCGGGUGCCAGCAUCCACCCUGGCCUCUUACCCGCUGACUCCUCACAACAGUCCUCCCCAGGUCUCCCUCGCCACUUUUCUCUGACGGGAUACCGAAGCUCUGAGGUCUGAUGCGAUCUGUUCCAGGUCAUCCCCACUGCGUUAUAAAAGAGGGUCUGCCAAGGUUCUUUGUUCUGUAUCCAUCACCCUGGUGCCCAGCAAUGUCAGGUGAACCUUUCCUGAGCCCUGACCAUGUGCUAGGUCUGUGCAGGGUGCUGUCUCAUACCUCCUCGGGUUCUCGCUUGUCCCUUAAGCCCUCACCUUCCCCGGACUCUGGGCACCCAGGACUUGGCUCUGCCUUGAUCUCUGUGGACUUCCUAAGCUCACUUUUGACAAUGUGGAGGGAAAUCUGUAGGUACCUAGGGACUCUGCGGCAGGCCAGGUGGUGCUGGAGCUUCAGGAAUGACUCAGAGUCAGGCUGUACCCCAGGAGGUGCACAGUGGGGUAGGAGGAACACACAAGUACAGAUCGCCUUGCUUUCUGAG